UUAUUUGGACCCUAUGAGUGCACUUGUUGAGUUAGAUAGUUUUUUAAAUUUUCAUGUAUUUUCAUAUUUUACUUUAUAAAGUGGACAACUAAAGUUAGUUAACUAUAAACUGAUUUAAAAUACUUCUCUUCGAUUUUUAAUAUUUAUCAUCAAUUUAUUAGCAAAUUCAAAAUGGGCGCAAAUAAGCCCAUGAUGACCAGGACUUUCAUAUGCUUUCUAGUCUCAAGUUUAGUUUUUAAUGUGGUCCAAUCAAAGGAAUAUUCAGAUGCUACAAAUCCAGGAUACUCAGUUGCUUUACCUUAUGGUGCAUCUCCAUCAAGCCCAUCAUCACCCACUUCUGUAUCAUCCAAUGGCGGUGAAGAGCUUCAGAGUGCGGCUCAAUAUCAGCAGGCGGCUUAUUCUGGACCGGCGGUAAAUAGUGUUGCUUCUUCAGCUUAUGCCAAUGGACCCAUUAGUGUUGCUGAUCAGGCAAAAACUUAUAGCAAUUAUGGUUUGGUUCAACAAUCAACCCCACCGCAAGUUCAACAGCAACCGCAAUCACAACAAUCUCUUCAACAGUCUAUUCAAUCUUUGCAACCUAUUUAUCAACUUUUAAAUUAUGGUCAAUCACACCAAUCUCAGCUUAAUUAUGACCAGACACAGCAACCGCAGCAACAACAGCAGCAGCAACAACAACAACACCCUCAACUCCCAGUUCAACAAUCUCAAUUGAAUUACGGUGCAGUGGUCGAUAAUGGGGAUUAUAACGGUGUUAAAACCGCUUUAAACUCUCAAAAUGCUCAAAGUGCUCCAGGCGCUCCUAAGAAGACUGUUAUUCUAGCAAUUCCAGUUAAAUUGGCUCUACAAGCAGCUGAAAAUAAAGGCAGUUAUGACGAUAAACAACAAGCUCAACAGCCAUCUCAACAGGCUCAGCAGCCAGUCCAGCAAUCCCAACAGCAAUCAACACCUCAACAAACUCAACAAACAUACUCUGGUCCUGGACCAAGUAUUAGCUAUGCAACACCAAAUUACCAAUCUCCUCGUCAGUACGAUGGUGUAAAAGGUUAUGGUGAUAAUGGAAAUGAUCAAAAGAACAACGAGUAUCGAGUUAAUUCACCUGUUUACAAUUCUCAAUCAUCUUAUGGACAAUCAGGUCAAUCUUAUGAUAAUUCUAAUUCCAAUUCUCAAAGUUAUGCCUCUCCAUCUUCAACAUCGUCUGGUGGUAAAUCAUCUUACAACAGAGAUUCUAAUCAAUAUGAUCAACAAAAAUAUGAAAACAAAAACAAUGGUGGAUCUGCUUAUAAUGGUAAUAAUCCUUAUGUUCAAAUGAAAGAAUCAAAUUAUAUGGGCACAAAGGGUAAAUCAUCUCAAUCCAGUUCCAAUGAAAAUCAAUCUGACUCUGGUUAUUCAGGUAAAGAUUCCAGCCCAGAGAACAGCGGAUUUGACGAAGAAAGCUAUGAAGGAAACAAAGGAAGUGAUUCCUACAAAGGCGGUGAUUCCUACAAAGGCGGUGAUUCAUACAAAGGUAACAAUAAUCCUAACAAUUAUGGUUCAAAUAAAGACGAUUCAUAUCCAUCUCCUCCUCAUAUCCAUCUCCUCCUGAAUCUUUGUCUGGUUAUGAGGAUGAUAAUGAAGAUGAUUCCUCUAGUUACUCAAAGGGUCAAAUCAAAGUCCCCAUCAUACUCAUCUGACUCUGAAUCAUCUUAUGGAAAACAAAAAGGAAAUGAUUAUCCAUCAUUGACAAGUUCAUAUGAUGGUGAUCAAGAUGAUUGGCAAUCAGGUUACUCUGGUAAUUUAGGCUCAAGCAAAGGUCGAGGUAGAGGAAAAGGAGGAAACAAGGGUUCAAAUAAUUAUAAAUUUGAUCUCUCUUCAUACUCUGGCGACGAUUCAAGCUCAUACUCUGGUGAUGACUCUGAUGGUAAGCCUGAUACCGACGCAAUCAAAGCCGCUCUUGCCAAUUAUGGUUCCUUGAAAAACAAAAUUCGUGAUAGCAACUCGGGCUCUAGUGGAUUAAAAGUUAUUAAUGACUACUCAUCGCUUAAAAAUUACGAAAGUCUUAAAGAUUUGAGUUCCCUGUCGUUUGGCAGUGAUUCAAAGGGUUACGGUGGAAUCAAAUCACUCAGUGAUUUUAGUUUUAAGGAUCUUUCAACAUCAAUGAAAGAUCUUUCUUCUUUGAAAGAUUAUGCUUCAUUGACCAAAGAACGACCUAAAAAAAUAAAGCUCUCCAGCUAUGAUAGCUCAGAUUCCCUUGAAGACUAUGAUUCAGGAUCUUCUUCUGGAUUAUCUUCUGGACUAUCUUCAUACUCAAGUGGCUCUGACUCACCUAUGAGUGGAUAUAGUGGAUUAUCCUCAUAUGACUCAUCAUCAUUAUCUCUCUCAUCUGAGCCAUACAGCGGUUCAUCCAGUUUAUCAUCUCUUCGUCCAUCUAAAUAUUCAUCUUCCCUUGGUUCAUCCAGCCUUGGUUCACUCGGUGAUUCCACAUACGAUUCCCUAUCUUCUGGUCAAUCUUAUGGUUCAUCUGGACUAUCAAGUAUUUCCAGCGAUUCUUCUUACGAUAUCGCUUCUCUAUCCAGCUCACCCUCAGUGGCUCACACAUCAACCUCCGGAUCAUCUUAUGGAUCAAGUGAGGUUCUCAGUUCCCUCUCUAAAAUGCCAAGCUCAUCUUCAUUCAACCCAACAACAUUUACUGUUUCCGAUGCUGUAAAUGGACCAGAAAGUGUUUCAAGUUUCUCAACUUAUUCAUCUCCAUCAGCCAGUCUUUCCUCAUCCUACCUUUCACCUUCAGGAUCUGCUGAUGUAGGCUCAUCAUCAAUCUCAGCUGCCUCUGGCUUGCCUCUGUCGUUUUCAAAUAGCGAUAGUUAUGGUUCAAGUCCUUCUCUUGAUCUCUCAUCUCUCUAUGGCUCCAUGAUGAAAUCAUUUUCAUCACCACUUUACUCUCCAUCCUCACAACCACGGCCAUUAACCUUCCCAGGUUCAAUGUAUCCUCAACAACAGCCUCCAAUGCCAAUGCAAAUUAUCAAUACCUACACCAGUGGACCUGCAUUCCCACCGCCACCACAUUAUGGGUUCAUGUAUGGUAAACCUGGUAAUAAACCCUAUCAUCCUCGCCCUCACCCACCACCACCACCACCAAAGUACAUGCAAAAUGAACCUCAACAACGUCCACGAAGAUUCCCCUCAGUAACCUCUCCACUCUCACUGUACAAGGGUCUUCAAGGAUUAUCUUCAAUAAGUUCACCAGGUAAAUUCAGUGCCUCUUCAAUACUCAGCUCAUUGUAUGCUUCAGGCUCAUCUCCGGCCAAGUUUGUCAUCAAAACAAACGGCAAAGGUUCUGGUUUACUAAGCAGUCUUCGUCUGACUUCAUCACCUUCUUCAUCAUUUUCCUCAUCAUCUUCAUCUUCACCUCCAUCACAAUCAUCCAAUAAAAAGCCAUCAUUCACCUCACCAUUUAAAUUAGACAAUAUUUUUGGCCAAAUUUACAAACUGCUUUAGUUUAAUCAAAUGAAUAACCACCAAAAUCAUCCAAUUGUCCACUUCAAUUAAUCAUCAUAUCAUCUCUGGGAUCAACCAGGAAACCAUUUUACCUGAAAUGCCAUGAAAUGAAGGCAGACAUCACUAAAUGCCGACUAUUUCAAGUUUUGUUUUAUUUUUUGAAACACUUAAUGUAACACAAAAUUGAUCCUAAAAAGAUAAACUUAAUUUAAUCAAAACAACUUGUAAUACAAAAAUUAAACAAAAAAAUGUUAAAUGAUCAAAA